AUGUCCAUUUCCGAAAAAAUUGGCUUCGAUUAUUUUGUUGAAACACCAGUAGACGACUGGGAUUCUUUAGCGUACCAUGAAUACUGGAGAAACUAUGAAUUACCUCUAGAAAAGUCAACUGCCACAAGAUCAUUUAAUAAACAAGUAGAAUGGUUUUUAAAUAACGGCGCAUCAGAUGAAAUGGAGAGAGCCGGCUUUUUGAAGGAGCAAUUUAAAAUCGAUUCGCGGGAAAGUGGUCGUGUAUCACGUUUUUGGGAACAAGUUAUACACAAUACAAAACUUGAUAAAAUUGAAAAGGAUGCUUCUAUCAAGAUCCGAAGCUUUCAAGCACAGCAUCAUCUCUCUGUCGCAAACCGUAUACUCACGGGAGAAAAUAACAUACCAGAACCAAUUCCCUCGCUUAAUGGAUCGGAAGACGAAAAGACAAGAUUCGAUGUCAAAGUUGCUAAUACUUCUUCCAAAGCUACUAGUUCAGAAAAGGUCGAUUCCACUGAAGGACUUCGGGCGAACGGAAAGUCAGUUUAUGAAAAUAACUCGAAAAGAAAAAGAAAUGAUGAUGAGUCGGAUUAUGAAGGAUUGACGUUAUUAUUUGAUGAGUCAAGUGAAGACGCUCUUGUGGAAAGUAUAGACGAAAAAUUACUUGAACAAGAGAACAGAUUGCCACGGGCAAGUGGUAAUAGCUCCUCAAAGGUUCGACAAAAAAUUAUGGAUGCGAACAUCAUUGAAGCCUUUCACAAAUAUGAAAAUAAAAUUCCGAAAGCCCGUAGGAUUUUCACGCCUGCAUAUUGGGGAGUUAUGGAUUUAACCAGAGAAAGUUUAUUUGACUGUAAACAGCUCACAGAAGAGGAUAUAACGCAACUGUCGCAAGACUUUGCCGAUAAAAUUUCCUGGGAAACAAUACCUCCAGAAAAGAAUAUACAAGAAUAUUUUGAUACAUUUGACCCUGAAUUGUUGUACAGGAAAAGCGAUGUACAUAGUUUCCAAGGAAUGAUGACGGAGGAAGAGCUAAAAAUGAGCUCAACGUUUCCGCUGUUUCGUGGUGUAUUUAAUUCCGAUAAAAUUAAGAAUGCUUGGGGGGAAAUUCAAGCCUUAUCUACAAAUGAUGCGCGUAACGAAAGGGGAAAUCCAUUUAAAAAAGCACGAAUAGGAAGACGUGUUGAUAUGAAAAGUACUCUCAUCAAAACAUCUAAUAAAUUCGAAGUAAUUUACGGAGAGGUGGCUGGAGGUUUGGGUCCGUUUGGAAUACCCACUGCAUGUCGUAGAAAGCGUUACCUUGAUAAGGAACGUAUGAAUUUAAUUGUAUAUGGGUGGCUCCAAAUCGGUCUAGAACUAAACUUCUAUGCCAUGGACUGGUUAGGAGCCGGCAUAUACAGAUUUGGCUUAGUUGAUCGAUGCAGAUUACCGUCAGACGAAGAUGAAUUUGAAAUGCUUGAAGAUGCGUAUUGCAUCCUCAAGUUACUUGAGAAUAAAGCGCUUGAGAAUGAGAAAGUAGUUAAAAAAUUACUUUUAGAAAACAUAAAGGGGAAACGAAGGCAAACUACAUCCAGAACUGAAGCGGAAUUGAAUGAAAACCGUACUCCCCCAAAAUAA